GGCUGCCCAGACCGCUCGGCCGCCUGGUCUGACAGCGCCUCGAGCUCGGGCGCUGAGAGGAGCGAGGCGGGGCCCCGGUGGCCCCCAGGGCGCGCUUUGAGGCGGAGAAGCGGGAAGGAGACUCCGGGAUGAGCGGCUGAAGGCGACGCGGGAUCUGACGCGAGUUGGGGCCCCAAACACCAGCCUCCGGCAUCGCGAUGUACAAGUCCCCGGAGACGCCCUAGCUCGGUGCGCGCGCGGGGCGGAGCGAGCAGGUGGGGCUGAGCUCUCCGCGGUCCGUCCUGCGCGGUCCCCGGCCGGCCGGAGGAUGGGCGCUAGCGCCUUGGGGCCGCGCCCGUCGCUGCUGCCCGCGCGCCCGCCGCGAGCCCGGCGCCAGGCCCGCGCCCUGCGCUCAUGGAUGGCGGCUCCCGGCUGGCGGCAGCGCGCCCCCGGGCUGUGAAUGCGACUCGCCCCUCGGCCGCGCUCCCCGCCCGCCCGCCCGCCGGGACGUGGUAGGGGAUGCCCAGCCCCACUGCGAUGGCAGUUGGCGCGCUCUCCAGUUCCCUUCUGGUCACCUGCUGCCUGAUGGUGGCUCUGUGCAGUCCGAGCAUCCCUCUGGAGAAGCUGGCCCAAGCCCCGGAGCAGCCGGGCCAGGAGAAACGCGAGCACGCGUCUCGGGACGGCCCGGGGCGGGUAAGCGAGCUCGGGCGCCCUACGAGGGACGAGGGCAGCAGCGGCCGGGACUGGAAGAACAAGAACGGCCGUGGGCUAGCCGGCCGGGAGCCGUGGAGCAAGCUGAAGCAGGCCUGGGUCGCCCAGGGCGGGGGCGCCAAGGCUGGGGACCUGCAGGUCCGGCCCCGCGGGGACACCCCGCAGGUGGAGUCCCUGGCCGCCGCAGCUCAGGACGCUAUCGGCCCGGAACUCGCGCCCACUCCAGAGCCGCCCGAGGAGUACGCGUACCCGGACUAUCGCGGCAAGGGCUGCGUAGAUGAGAGUGGUUUCGUUUACGCGAUCGGGGAGAAGUUCUCCCCUGGACCCUCGGCCUGUCCGUGCCUGUGCACAGAGGAGGGGCCGCUGUGCGCGCAGCCCGAGUGCCCGAGGCUACACCCGCGGUGCAUCCACGUUGACACGAGCCAGUGCUGUCCGCAGUGCAAGGAAAGGAAGAACUACUGUGAGUUCCGGGGCACGACCUACCAGACUUUGGAGGAGUUCGUGGUGUCUCCUUGUGAGAGGUGCCGCUGCGAGGCCAACGGCGAGGUGCUGUGCACAGUGUCGGCGUGUCCCCAGACGGAGUGUGUGGACCCCGUGUACGAGCCCGACCAGUGCUGCCCCAUCUGCAAAAAUGGACCCAACUGCUUCGCAGAAACCGCUGUCAUCCCUGCCGGCAGAGAAGUGAAAACCGAUGAGUGCACCAUAUGUCACUGUACUUAUGAGGAAGGCACCUGGCGAAUUGAGCGGCAGGCCAUGUGCACCCAACAUGAAUGCCGGCAAAUGUAGACCCUGCAAAAACUCGGACACUUUUCUAGACUAUUUUACUGAUGUGCACCUUCUAGAUGACUCUGGGAAGACGUUUAACAAGGAGUGAUGGGAAAUUGUUGGUACUUUGGCUUUUCUCAGUAACAAUUACUGCAAGAGAAUGAAAUGGAUGUAUUUCAAAACAUCAUUGAGAACUUCGGGCAUAAAAUCCCUCUCUAAAUAAAUGUGCUAUUUUCACAGUAAGUACAUGGAAGUACUCUAUUAUAUAUUAAAUGUAUUUCUAUAUCCUCCAUUAGAGAGCCUAUAUAAAUGUUUUCUAUAGAUAAAGAUUAAAAAUGCUGUGUGGUCAACCGUC